UGCGCUUCAGUCUUCUGUGGGACCUCUAUCAUUGCGGUGUACUGACGAAGCCCGUGAUCUAGGUGUCAUCGUAGCGAACAAUUUUAAGCCUUCGGCACAGUGUCACCAGGCUGCUAAUAAAGCACGACACGAGUUAUUUCGUCUUAGGAGGGUGCUGAGUAACACUAAAGCAGAAGUAUUCUUGCCCUUAUAUAAAGCAGUGGUUAGGCCACAUCUGGAGUACUGUGUUCAGGCCUGGUCACCGUACCUCCGGAGUGACAUCAUUUGUAUAGAAAUGAUUCAGAAACUUGCAACCAGGAUGACUGAAGGUCAACGAGGGAAGUCUUACGAAGAUCGUCUAAGUAGCUUAGGCUUAGUUUCCUUGGAACGGCGUAGCUUGAGAGGGGAUUUGAUAGAGACGUUUGAAAUAAAUGAGAAUAUCUGUAGCUCGGGGUGUGGAUAUGGAUUUUAAGCAGUUCUCACAGCUGGGUAAUUAUUUUGCAGACGUUUCGUUGCCUGACUAGGCAACAUCACCAGGGCGGCUUCAGGGGCCUGGUUCGCAGUGACUAGUACGCGACCUAGAGCAUGCCAGUAUCCUCGGAAGGGCUAAAAGCCGGCAAGCACCGUGAUCCUGUACUGCAAAGCUCUCGUCCUGUGAAUACUACCUGCCACCAUGACGUCGACGACUCGGACGAGAGCCCAGUUCAACGUGUUGAGAAUCGUUUCGCCCACUACUUGAGCGAUGAGGAGGACGGAAAACGGGUUGUCAAAAGUGCAAAAGAUAAACGUUACGAAGAAAUGCAGAGUAUCAUUAAAAACCUAAACAAUCACAAAAAGAUUAGGGAUAUGUCAAAUGUUCUUGUGGACUUUGAGAGUCUUACACGCGUGCACGAAAAGUCCAUCAAGAUGAACGAAAUCGACAGUGUGCCUGCUUUUUACAUCCGUUCCAUUGCUGAGCUCGAAGACUUUGUUAACGACUCUUGGGAGAAGAAGAAAGAUUUGAACAGAGCUGCUGCGAAAGCACUGACCGCUCUUCGUCAACGUGUCAAAAAAUACAACCGUGAUUUCGAGGAAAGCAUUAAGGAUUUUCGUGAGCACCCCGAGAACUAUCAAGAAGAUGAACCAUCAAAAGAAUCAGAUGGAGAGGAUAAAAGCGAUACGGAAGUACCUCAUACGAAAGUCACAGCUUCGGCAGCCUCUGAGAAGAAAUCGGCCAAAAAGGCGGCAGGGUCCGAUUCCGAAUCCGACGAUUUGGACGAUGAAGGUGAGGACAACGACGAAGAUGAGGAGGACAGCGAUGACUUUUGGGAUAGUGACAGCUCCAGCUCCAGCAGCGUUGAUGUGGAUAUGGAACGUUUCAAGGAUGAUCCUUCUGUAUUCUUCUUGAAGAAAACUACCGAUGAAAAGAAGGAUAAAACCAAGGUGAAAAAGGCGGCGAAGGAGCGCUCGCUCAAAAAGACAACCAAGAUGGCAUCAUUGUACGAAGAUGAAGGGGUGUGGACUACCGUGGUGGAUGCUUUGGGUCGGGCAGAACCGCCGGUGCAAGCUUUUGAGAAGGGACAGGAGAUCACUCACGAGAUUGUUGUGAAGAAACUCAACGAAAUACUCGCCAGUCGCGGUAAAAAGGGAGCUAGCACCACAGAGCAAUUGGCUUUACUCCAUCAAGUGGAAGAUAAAAUCAAGGAGUGUCGUCUUUCCAUCGGUCUUCAUGUGAAAGUGCUUUUCUCUCUCAUCAGCGUGUUCUUCGAUUACGACAAGAGCAACCUGGUUUGUAUGUCUUCGGUCCUCUUUGAUCGUCUAUUGAGUGCUUUUGAUCGUUUGUUCGACCAACUCGAGCAACACGACGUGGACCUUUCGAUUUUGGACAUCAAUUCCGACACUCCUGAAUCGCUCGAGACUGCCCCAUUUGCCGUUCGAGGUUCUGUUCUCGCCUCUGCUACCUUACUGGAUGCAGAAUGUACCAAAGUCCUCCAAAACGCUAACGGUCACGAAUUGGAAUAUGUGGAUCGACUCAAAGAUGAGCGCCGUGUGUGUAGCGUUCUGGAUAGACUCUGUCAGUACCUGGAACGAACAAACGCCCCGUCAAGUGACAUGUGUGCCGCCUACUUGCUGAAAGUAGAACAUCUCUACUAUAAGUUUGACUUUGACUGGGCCAAAAGAGUGGAGGCCGAAGGAAUCGAAGUGGUCGGGGAGAAUGCAGCCACUGGUGUAAUCGAGCGUCUGUCACACGAGACCGAUUUACGAUGGCGCCCCAUAAGCAAACCCUUUCAUCUCGCCUUGCGCGUGCACGAUCGUGCCAUUCUGGUUGGGCCACCCGAGACGCCGAGGGAUCAUGUUUUGGCAGCGGCGAAAGCGAUGCGCUACGGGAAUUGGCGUGCUUGCACACAGUAUAUAAUCAAUCCCAAAAUGGAUGCCAAGAUCUGGGAUUUGCUCUUCCAGUCUGGGCGCGUGAAGAAAUUGUUGGAAACGAAAAUUAAGGAAGAGUCAUUGCGAAGUUUUCUGUUCACUUACAGUGCCAUUCACGAUUCGAUCAGUUUAGAUCGAUUAGCCAGCUAUUUUGAGAUGCCCAAAGCCUCGGUGUACUCUACAGUUAGCAAGAUGAUAAUCAACCAGGAGUUGGCAGCAUCUCUGGAGGUACCGAGCAAUUUCCUCAUUAUGCACAAGACGGAACGCUCCCGAUUGCAAACUCUGGCUCUCCAACUGGGCGAUAAGAUCAAUAGCAUAGUGGAAAUGAAUGAAAAACUUAUCGAAAGCCGCACUGGUGGUGGUGGUGGUGGCGGGUUGAUGGGAUCAAAAGGUUCGCAGCCUUAUCAAGGACCCCGUCGUCAGGCCCUUCGGUACGUGGUGAACAAGUUCAAUUGACCCCAUCCUCCCGAUACCGGACUUGUAUUACCACCAGUGCUUUCUGUAUUACCGAUUGAUCUGUCUCUUGUCUUUUGAAGUUUUGUUCCUACUCAUAUCAUUUGACUGGGGAUUAUCUCAGGAGGGGCGGAAGUCCAGCCGCGGAACUAAACUGCCAACCGUUCUUACGCGAUGACCAGAGAAGUAGCAAUUAGCCGCAACGAAGCGGCAGAAAUGGAUAAAAAUAAAACAAACUAGUCAACCGAAGGUUUAAAAGG